GAGAGCGCUGCUCCCGCCGCUCGCCCGCCCGCCUGCGCCCGCGCACAUCUGCUGCCGGCCCCCCGCCGCUGCACAGCUGCAUGCCCGCCGCCGUCUCCGCACAUCUGGAUUCGCUGGAGUCUCGGGCCUUCCAUGCGCUGCGGGUGCUGCCCUAUAUGUUUUACGUGGGCUUGUUCUUUGUCAACGUGCUGAUCCUGUACUAUGCGUUUCUCAUGGAGUACAUCGUCCUCAACGUAGGCAUCGUCUUCCUGCCCGAGGACAUGGACCAGGCGCUGGUGGAGCUGGGCGUGCUGUCGGACCCCGGCUCCGUGCUCUACGACACGGACAGCGAGCUGGACGUCUUCGAUGGCUACCUGGAGUGAGCGGCCCCGGCCCCGGCCGCUGC